GACAAUACAAAAAGGGCACGGCCACGGUCGGUGGGGGCGGUCGUUGGCCCUCGUCAAGCCUGUCCUCAGCUUUCUACCUCCCGUCGUCUCCCCUGCUUUCUUCCUCGCCCUCGACUCCACGACUAUCACGAGUUGAUAUACAUUGGCUCACAAGCUCAACGUUUCCUCAUCGUCUUUAGAAGAUUUGCCGAGGGGAGGCCCGUCGAUCGAUUCCGGUCCCCAUGGAAGAGGCGCAAGUGGUGGAGUCAAAAGGGACCAUCUCUGUGGCUUCUGCCUUUGCUGGCCAUCAUGAAGCUGUUCAAGAUAGAGAUCAUAAAUUUUUGUCAAAAGCUGUGGAAGAAGCAUACCAUGGAGUUGAAUGUGGUGAUGGAGGCCCAUUUGGUGCAGUUGUCGUUCAUAAUGAUGAGAUAGUUGUUAGUUGUCAUAACAUGGUGCUGAAGAACACUGAUCCUACUGCUCAUGCUGAGGUGGCUGCAAUAAGGGAGGCUUGCAAAAAGCUGGGGAAAAUUGAACUUUCUGAUUGUGAGAUAUAUGCCUCCUGUGAGCCUUGUCCAAUGUGCUUUGGAGCGAUUCAUCUUUCCCGACUCAAGAGGCUGGUGUAUGGAGCAAAGGCGGAGGCCGCCAUAGCUAUUGGAUUUGAUGACUUCAUUGCCGAUGCUCUAAGAGGUACUGGGUUCUAUCAGAAGGCUCAUCUGGAGAUCAAAAGGGCCGACGGCAAUGGAGCCAUCAUCGCUGAACAAGUAUUCGAGAAGACCAAGGAAAAGUUUCAGAUGUACUAGAACUCUUUUCAGGCCAAGAAAAAGUACAUAAUUUCCUGAAAGGUUUUCUCAAUGCAAAAUAAUGAACAAUCUUGAUGAACUCGCUAUGUUCCCAAUACUGAUGAUACCCUCUCUAUUCAAUGAAUGUGCAAUUCGAAGCAAUUUCAUCUGAAA